AUGGAGGAAAGAGAAGAGUACAUGAGUAUUCUUGAUGCAAGCAUCUCAGACAUUCUAUCGGCACUUUCCGCGCGGCACAUUACAAGCGUUGAAUUGGUUGUGCGGUAUAUUCGCCGUAUCAGCACUUACGAUGCGGCUGGAAUCAAACUUAGCGCCAUUCCCAUCCUCAACACUUCCGUGUUUGAAGAAGCUGCUGCAUCAGACGCUCAUAGAGCCAUGGGAAACCCUCCCAGACCUCUUGAAGGCAUUCCAUUCCUAGUGAAGGAUAAUAUCAAAGUCAAGGGAAUGACAGUUGCCGCCGGCUCACCAGCUUUCGAAAACCUUGUUGCAACAGAUGAUGCAACUUGUGUCAAGCAGUUGAGAGCUGCUGGUGCCGUUGUCCUUGGCAGGACAAACAUGCCUGCGAUGGCCAAUGGGGGAAUGCAGCGUGGAUGUUACGGUCGUGCAGAAAGCCCAUAUAAUCUGGACUAUCUAACCGCAGCCUACGCAUCUGGUUCUUCAAACGGUUCUGCCACGGCAACCGCAGCUAGUUUUGCAGCUUUCGGUUUAGGUACGGAAACUGUGUCCUCUGGAAGAUCUCCUGCGUCGAAUAACUCGCUCGUUGCGUAUACACCGUCAAGAGGUCUCCUUUCGCUAGAAGGAGUAUUUCCUUUAUACCCAACGUGCGAUGUACUAGUUCCCCUCACACGGACAAUGGAUGACAUGCUUCGCGUUCUCGAUAUUCUUGCAGUGAAUGUUUCUAAGUCAACCGGGGAUUUUUGGAACGAACAGCCCUUUGUUCCGCUACCGACGCCUGACGAAAUUCGACCCGAUUCUUUUUUGGAACUUAAAGAUGAACAAUCUUUGAAAGGAAAGCGGCUUGGAAUACCCUCCAUGUACUUGGGGGCGAAAGGCCCCGCGUCUAUAUCAAUUCGACCUUCAAUGAUCAAGCUAUGGGAAACUGCUAAACAAAGUCUGGAAUCUUGUGGUGCAACCGUUGUGGAGGUUGACUUUCCGCUCGUGACGACAUACGAAGCCUGUGACCCAACCACUGAUCAGUGGGCAAAUAUUGAGGGUUUACCAGAGAGAUGGCUCAAAACUGAGCGGUGUGAACUUAUAGCUCAUGUCUGGGACGAUUUUUUGAUUGCGAAUGGCCAGUCUAACUGCCAGUCGUUAUCGCAGGUCGAUCCACACAUGAUCUUCCCACUAGAACCUGGGACACUACAGGGCGAAGAUGAAGCAGACAACCAAUUGAGUUGGCUCGAUUUGGUGAAUUAUCCAUCAAAGAAGCCAGUCUCUAUGUUUGACCUCCCAGGCAUGGACCCAGCCUUACAGGUGUUGGAACAUGCAAGAAAGCAGACAUUGGAAGAUUGGAUGGAAAGCAAAACUUUGGACGCAGUGGUCUUUCCAGCAAACGGUGAUGUAGGACCCUCGAAUGCAGAUAUUGACAGUGAGGGAUCCCGGCUUGCUUGGAGGAACGGAGUUUUGUAUUCAAACGGCAAUCUGGCAAUCCGCCAUCUGGGUGUUCCAACAGUCUCAAUACCGAUGGGAAUUAUGGACGAUAUCAAAAUGCCCGUAAAUUUGACUUUUGCUGGAAAGGCUUACAAUGACAACGCUCUUUUGAAGUUCGGAUACGCCUUUGAAGCAGCAACUCAAAACCGCCGAAAGCCUCCCUUGGUGCCGGCCCUCGACUCUGAUUUCAUUGACUUAAAACCCGCAACUCAAAUUUGCGGAGAUUUUGCAAAAUUGGGGCUACCUUCCAUGGCAAUCAAAUUGAGGAGCAAAGAAAUCAGAGGAUCGCAAGUACAUCUUCAAAUUCAGGGCACGAUGGAUAUAAAGAACUCCGAGCUCCAAGAUAUGUCUUGUUACAUCAAUGGCGUGUCCCAAAAGGUCUCCGUUAAUGGCAAGAAUUGGAAGAUCGAGCUUUGUUACCCUAUAUCGGCUCGAGAGAUGCCUCGGAAGCGGUGGAGAAGCCCAAUGUUAGUGCGCACGAUUUGUGUGGUUGUUUGUCGCACAACUGUUGGUCUCUCAGCUGCAGAAUUGGUUAUCUUGUAA